ACAUAAAAACGAAGCAGUACAUUAAUUCUAGCCAGGAGAGUUAAAUGUACGUCUGUGGAAAUUUCAUUUUUAUCACAAUUUCAUAGCAAAAAGUUGUAAUUUGUUAUAAAAUAAAAUCAAUGAUUCAUUGUUUCAACAAUUAGCUUUAAUGAGUGUAAAUUAGAUAAUAACUUGAGUUUACUUCUUCUUGCUACAAGUUUAGGAGUUUUAUAUUUGGUCUGUGUUCCAUUCCUGGUUUUUGAUAUUUGGGUUUGGUUUCCUUUUACAACUAAUACACAAAAAGAGUAUCUAAGUGCUUUAAAUAUUUUCAAAAUGUCGAAGACAUAUUGGUUUGCUGUUCGAAAUAUACUGUUUGUAUCAUUGCCCAUCACUGUGCUCGGAAUCGAUCUUAGUCGUCUAUAUGGCCAUCUUCCUGGGAUAUCAAAAAGGAGUGAGGCGUGUCAUCCUUACGAACCAUUCAAAUGCCCUGGUGAUGGGAACUGUAUUUCUAUUCAGUAUCUUUGUGAUGGAGCUCCAGACUGUUCAGAUGGAUAUGACGAGGAUAUGAGAUUAUGUACUGCAGCUAAGAGACCACCAGUAGAAGAAACUGCAUCAUUUCUCCAAAGUUUACUCGCUUCUCAUGGACCAAACUACCUCGAAAAGUUAUUCGGCAGUAAAGCACGCGAUGCUUUAGCUCCUCUUGGUGGUGUAGAAAAGGUUGCUAUAGCGCUGAGUGAAUCACAAACUAUAGAAGAUUUUGGAGCGGCAUUACAUUUGAUGAGGUCUGACCUGGAGCACUUAAGAUCCGUUUUCAUGGCUGUCGAAAAUGGUGAUCUGGGAAUGCUGAAAUCAAUAGGCAUAAAGGAUUCUGAAUUAGGAGACGUUAAGUUUUUCCUUGAGAAAUUGGUCAACACAGGAUUUCUCGAUUGAGUAGCGCCGGAGCUUUAUUCACCUUUCUACUACUCAGUCCCCCUCCAACCACAAUUUUAUUCUUAUUUAGGUUUCCCAAACGAAAAUUACAAUUAUUAGAACAAAAAAAAAUCAAUCCAGGUAAAGCCAGUGAUGUGGUUGAGAAUGAACGACUGACACAUUUAUACAUUCGAAACCACUACUAUGCCUUUGCAAUCACAAUCACAUAUCAAUUGUAAUACCUAUACAUAGUAAGUAAUGCGAAUAUGCUUUAAAUAUGUUCUGCUGCGAUACUCCACAUCAUCGGUUUCGAUAAUUAAGUUAAUCAUAUCCUGAAUCUUAUAAAGCGAAUGUCGCGUAUUUAGUUCUAUUCCCCAUUCCGACAGGAAUGAUUAUUCGGGUUACAUCAUAACAUUUCUAAUUCGUUUUCCAACAUGAACUGUAUAUAAUUUACGAUUCAUUCCUAUUGCAAAAAAUAUGUUUUAAUUUUUUUUGUGAUGUAAUUUAAUAGAAUUAUACAAUCGAUUCAAAAUGAUAAUGAACUCCGUCGUGGAAGUCUACGUUGUUUAUUGCAAUUUUGUUCGAAGCGUAGUAAUAUUGGCGCGAUUUGAGUUCUGGAUUUAAUUAUUAUCUCAUGACGUAGUUUUCGUACGAAACAAUCAACGCAGCUGUCCUACAUGAUUAAUAAAUUCACGCAUUAGAAAGCUGCCCAUUGCAUAUUAACAAAUUGUCGUACAACGAGUUUUCUUUUGAUAUGAGUCGAUUACAUGGUAACACAGUGAGAAUUAUUGCUUACAACUUGAAUUGCAAUUUCAUAUUUAUAUUCUACACACAGUGUAAACAAAAUUAAUAUAUUUUGCAUGUUCGGAAUGAAUUGGUCUAAAGAUUUGCUUAUCCUUGACGGAAGACAGUACCUCCAUUCAUUAAAAGUGUGAAUGAAAAUAAUACAUAUCAAUCUAGUCGGUAAAUCAAAUGAUUAUAUUUAUGAAAGAUACACAAAGCAUGGCCGUUAGUUUUUAUACGAACGAUUAAAACUUCACAGAUGAGUGAAACUGUUAAAAUAUGGAGCAUCAUUCCAUGUUGUCUGACAUAAAAAUAAAUGGCGAGCGAUACAAUCCAA